ACCCACUGAGAAUGCACUAACGGCCUAGAGCGGGCAGCACUGGAGCUCGUCUACCCCUGCGCGAUCCCUCCUCCGAAUUGAGGAGAGCGGUGAACUCUAUGGUGAUUUUGCGGACUCGGAGCUGUGGGUCUCGCGCUAAGCUGGUGCACCAACAGCUGCGGCAGGAGCAUCGGCAUCCCCGCGUCCACCCCAAAGGCGGCAGUGGCGGUGGCAGCAGCAGAAGGGACGACAUGAACUCUCGCCCGGCGCCACUACCGCGCGCUACCCCCUGGCGCUCCCUGCCUUGCCCGCGCGCCCAACUCCGCCUCGACCUGGUACUCUGUGGCGGGCAGACCUUCCGGUGGUCCGAAACCAGCCCUGGGUAUUGGACUGGUGUGCUAGCAGGACGAGUUUGGACCCUCACGCAGUCAGAGGAACAACUCUGGUACACGCUGCAUGAAGAGGAGAAGGAGGAUGGUGGCAGUAGGGAAGAAGAGGGCCUCUCUGAACCGCCACUGAAGAAAGGGCGGAAGCAGACACAGCCUGAGGCCAUCCGCCCUGGCACAAGCGAGCGCUCAGGCAGCCAUUUGCCAGGAGAGCUGGUCCGGGGAAUGGAUGGGCUGACUCCCUCGCAGAUACUCCAGGAUUAUUUCCAGCUACACGUCAAUUUAUCUGCAUUGUACCAGGGCUGGUCCUACGUUGAUUCUCACUUUCGAGAAGUAGCCAUCAAGUUCCCAGGAGUGCGGGUGCUGCGACAGGACCCCGUGGAAUGCCUCUUCUCCUUCAUCUGCACCUCCAACAAUCAUUUGUCGCGCAUCACCAACAUGAUCCAACACCUGUGCCAGGCCUUUGGGCGCCGUCUCUGUCAACUGGACACCAAGACAUACCACGCAUUCCCAUCACUGCAGGCAAUGGCAGGAGCAGACACAGAAGCCCGGUUGCGGGACCUUGGUUUCGGAUAUCGGGCGAGGUUUGUUAGUGAGAGUGCCCGCGCUGUUCUGAAGACACUUGGUGGUGCUGCCGGCCUGCAGCAAUUGCGUGCCGUCCCUUAUGAGCAAGCUCGGCAUGCCUUGUGCACCCUGCCCGGAGUGGGAGCCAAGGUGGCUGAUUGUGUGUGUCUCAUGGCGCUGGACAAGGCUGAGGCAGUGCCGGUGGACACCCAUAUAUGGCAGGUUGCCAAGCGGUACUAUGGCCAAGAGCUUGGCUUGGGGGCCCGCAGUGUGACGGAACGUGUGCAUCGAGAGAUCGGGAAUUUCUUCCGGAGUCUGUGGGGACCAUAUGCUGGAUGGGCGCAAGCGGUUCUUUUUUGUGCUGAUCUGCGAAAGUACCAGGAAUCUUCAGAUCCAGAUGCCAAACACCGGUGCGUCAAAGUUGCCAGGAGCAGCCUUUCUACCUUGACGUCAUAAUCUUCCUCGCAGCCCAGUGUUUUGUUUGCCUGAUUUGGGCAAGUGAGAAAAGUUUCCUAUACAGGGCUGUAGCCAGAUAAGAACCUCUACGCUCAGAAUAGGGGCUGCCAAAGAGGCAGAGUGGCGUGAUAUGGAGCUCCUUCGUUAAAACUCCUGUUGUCUUUUUCCACCAGGGGUCGCUUGUGGUGGUGUAAGCUUGAUAUGUAGCCGCAAUGUAUUAUAGAAUAGAAUGCUUUUUUUCUUGUGGCUUUUGUCAUUUGCUUUGGCCUUGAGGUACAGUAUUAGUGUGGCACAGGCCCGUUUCUCAGUCAGGCCAUUGGGGUUCAUUCCCUCCUUACCAGAGUCAGGCCCUUGAUUCUAUAUAUCUAGCCUUUGGUCUGGUUACCUCACUUCAAAAAGUGAUUCUACACAUAAUGGUUGUGCGAGGAGACCUGCAUGCCAGCGAGGGCUGGAGUCUCAUGAGUGAUCUUGUUGACAUCAGUUGCCUCGCUCAGGUGCUGGGAGGGGAGGAAAGGAGGGAGCUAGCUGGUGGUCUUCAGCCCAGAUCUCACCCCACGGAGAAAUUUCAUCAGGCCCCUGUUGGGCCUACUAAAUUUUAAUCUAGGUGUGGUUAAGAAGUUAGGCUAGUAGAGUGUCAUUUGAAAUUAAAAUAUUCCAAGUUGUGUGUUUAAGUGUGAGAGAGGUCACACUUUUAACUUCACAAUUCACUCUCUUUGUAUUUAACAUCUAAAUGUACAUGUUUGUAUAUAUACAUAUAUAUGACUGUGUCUUUGUGCAUGUGCUCUGCAACUGUGAAGCCCUUGCCACUGGAUGGCACUCAGCUUUAUAUGAAGGAGUCCGACUGCUUGUCAGCCAUCAGUUUGUGUAGCAAAAUACACUUCUCUCCUCCUGGACUGCAGACUGGCAGGAACAAAAAGGGUCCCCAUAUCUCGGACUAUUCCUGUCCUCAGGAUGUGUUCAUCUUUUAAGGCACUUCCAGUCUUUGGCUCCGAUUCCAUUAAAGUUAGCCAGGACAAAGUCCUACGGAACAAGUUAGUAGUGAUUAACUCUCAAGUCCUAAUUCUUUCAGGAGGACUAAGGCUGCAAUCCUGUGAAUACUUACCUAAGAAUUAACCCCAUUGAACUCAGUGGGAUUUUCUUCUGAACAGAUGCAUGCAAAUGCAGUGCUAGUCAGGAAUAGUUUUAGCUAGACUGGGGUUAUUGUGUUUUGCAGAUGAUCAGUAAGUGAGAGGGCCUGUCACCCACUGUCAAGGUGGGGUCAGUGAAGAACUCCAGGUUGUUUGCUGGCAGUCCAGAUGCUGAAAUGGCUACCCUUUGUGCCAAAGCCAGCACAAGAAUCUCCUCUGAAAUGUGCUCUUGGCUCACUUCUGGUUUGAUAUUAUACCGCCUGUUCCAGUUGUUGAGGAAGCACCUUCCAGAAGCAGCCUUGUGAAACAGGCGCCUCCCCUCCCCUCCCCACCUGUAUGUGUCCAUAAACAUCUUUCAAACAUUCUCUUCAUGGAUCAGCAUUCUGGAUUUGAGAUUUUGUGUCUUCUUUUUGAGGCCCAAGUUAAGUUUUCUUGUUGUAGUUCAGUUGGGCUUUUCAUUCAUCUCACAUUUUUCUAAUUGAAUCUAAAAUCUCUUGUUCGUAGAGUCAUCGCCCUCCCUUUUCUCUUGCUGCUCUUUAUAUCUAGAAUGUUGCGGCUCAAUAACUCAUACUUUUCCCCUCUAUUUUUCCUUCCUGACUUUUUUGCUGUUUGCUUUAACAACCUCCAGUUAUAUAUAAUGAAGUUUUAAAUUGUAUUUUGUAGCCCAGACUGUGAGCAUGCUGUGGUCAAAGCUAAGCCCUUUUCAAUCCUGAAGAUUUCAGUGGAAGAGACUUAGGCAUUUGCUUGAAUCUUUCCCAUCAAAAUGAAUAGGAUGUUAAAAGCUGGAUCACGGCCUGUGUUUUUAACAUCAGGAGACUCAGCAAAACCUUCCCUAUACCUACCCUUGUCUUUUUGUCUUGACUAUUUCUAGAUUGUAAGCUGCUUUGGGCAGAGACCUAUUUAUUUUUAUCCUUUUAUAAAGUGCUUAGCUGACUUCUAGGUGCUGUAACAACAAUAAUAAACAAGUUUGUCCUCGUA